AUGAAAUCCCAGAAGGAAUGGUUUUAGAGAAGCAUGGGGGGAAAAAACGAGGAGGAAAAAAUGAAGUUAGUAUACAUAAGAGAAGCUAUUUGCAGCUUACCCAGGUGUGCUCUGAAAGUCAAACCCCUACAUCAGCAAUUAGCUAGAAACCUUAAGCUCCUCUAUCUCUUAGCACGAUCAAAUCAGAGAGCAUGGGAAACACACACACACACACACACACACACACACACACUUCAUGGGGUCCUACCUGCAAGUCUUAGAAAAACAGUUUCCAUGGGUGGAAGAAUGAGACCAGGUAACAUACUAAGGAGGCUGUGAUUUUAGCAGACUUCCCAAGAACACUGAUGUAGGAGGUUCAUUAUUUUAAUUCCUCGGAGGUAUUUCUUUUGUUUUUUUCUUUGGAAAGUGUGUAAAUAAUUGCAGGACUGCUCUGUUUCCAAAACUGGACAGUGAGUUAAACAACAACUACAACGACAACAGGUCUUAUCCUGGCCACCAUGGAAUUUCUUGAAAGAACUUACCUCGUGAACGACAAAGCCACCAAGAUGUAUGCCUUCUCACUAGACAGCGUGGAACUCCAACAGAAGCCUGUGACUAAAGAUCAAUGUCCUGGAGAGAGGCCAGAGGAGCUGGAGUCAGGAGGCAUCUAUCACUGCCACAGCAAUUCCAAGGCUGCUGGGAACGAGGCAAAUGAGCAAGUUCACGCCAAGUGGAAACUCUGUGCCGCUUCAGCAAUAUGCUUUGUUUUCAUGAUUGCAGAGGUGGUGGGUGGGCACAUUGCUGGGAGUCUUGCUGUCGUCACAGAUGCUGCCCACCUCUUGAUUGACCUGACUAGUUUUCUGCUCAGUCUCUUCUCCUUGUGGUUGUCUUCAAAACCCCCUUCCAAGCAGCUGACGUUUGGAUGGCACCGAGCAGAGAUCCUUGGUGCCCUGCUGUCCAUCCUGUGCAUUUGGGUGGUGACCGGCGUGCUGGUAUACCUGGCAGGUGAGCGCUUGCUGCACCCCGAAUACCAAAUCCAGGCAACUGUGAUGAUCAUCGUUUCAGGCUGUGCAGUGGCAGCCAACAUUGUACUGACUAUGAUUUUGCACCAGAGACACCUUGGCCACAAUCGCAGGGAAGCCCAAAGUAAUGCCAGUAUCAGAGCAGCUUUUGUGCAUGCGCUUGGAGAUCUAUUUCAGAGCAUCAGUGUGCUAAUCAGUGCCCUUAUUAUCUACUUUAAGCCAGACUACAAGAUAGCUGACCCGAUCUGCACAUUCAUCUUCUCCAUUCUGGUUUUGGCUAGCACUAUCACAAUCUUAAAGGACUUCACCAUCUUACUCAUGGAAGGUGUGCCAAAGGGUCUGAACUAUAGUGGUGUGAAAGAGCUCAUCUUAGCAGUUGAUGGGGUGGUGUCUGUGCAUAGCCUGCACAUCUGGUCUCUAACAAUGAACCAAGUGAUUCUCUCAGCUCAUGUUGCCACAGCAACCAGCCGGGACAGCCAGGUCGUUCGGAGAGAGAUUGCAAGAGCUCUCAGCAAUAGCUUUACCAUACAGUCACUCACCAUUCAGAUGGAAUCUCCAGCUGAUCAGGACCCCAGCUGCCUGUUCUGUGAAGACCCCCAGGACUAGCUCUGUCACUUUGUCAGCUUCUCACAUUUGAUAGGUCACUCCAUGCUGCUAUAUAGUUUCUGGAACCAAAGGAAAUAAGGAUCCAAACAAAGAAAUUUGAGAGACAGUGUGGUAUACAUUUUAUUAUUUAUUUAUCUCCAUCUACCAGGAACAGAUAUGUAUUUAGCUCCAUCAGUCAAUUGGAUUACAUACUCAUCACUAGCUGUGUUCAAUGGCAAAAAUGUGUGUAUAGAUUAUUCCUAAUUGGGGCUGAAAUAACAGAUGUUUGUAGUCACAGGCAGUAAAAGGCUCACCUCCUUUCAAUAAUGCAUCCUGAGAAUGAGUGGGUAAAGUUGAAUAUGGGAAAGUCUUGUCAGUGGCAGGAACAAAUUACCAAAAAUUUUUCAUAAAAUAUGAGAGGGAGGGACCAGCAGAUGAUGUAAUGAUUACAUCAUU